AAGGUUCAAACACUGCGUUCAAGUCUUCCCCACCAAAAAAUACGAUACGUUAUCCAAUCCCCAUUUUGCAAAACCCACAAUCCAAAUGCUAAUGCUGCUGCCCUGAAUCUCUGUUCUCCAUUCCCAUUAUUCAAACCAAGGAAAAUGCCUAUAUACACUGCAACUCUGGCCCUUGGAUCAGUCUCACGGCUCUUGUUCAUCACCAGCGAUGCCUCCUCCUCCUCCUCCUCUAAUACUUGCUCAGUCUCUUCUUGUUUCUUAAACCACUCCAACUUCCCAAAGCAAUCCCACAAGUCUGUAAGCAAGAAGAGAACCUCUCUAGUUUGCACUGCGAGUAAGACUGAAGUGCAAGACUCGUCUCCCUCUACUGAGCAGGCUCGGAGGUCUGCUGAUUGGAAGGUAGCAAAAGCUUACAGUGAUAGUGGAUUCAUCUUUGAUGGGAUGGUUGAAGGGUAUAACAGUGGAGGUUUGCUGGUUCGGUUUCAUUCUUUAGUGGGUUUUCUUCCAUUUCCACAAUUGAGCCCAUCACACUUUUGCCAAGAACCGGGGAAAGGCGUCCAGGAGAUUGCAAAAGGAUUACCUGGUUCUCUUAUAUCUGUUAAGGUAAUCCAAGCAGAUGAAGAGAACAAGAAACUGAUAUUCUCAGAAAAGGAAGCUGUCUGGUCCAAGUUUUCUGAGAAAAUUAGUGUUGGGGAUGUUUUUGAAGCUAGGGUUGGUUCUGUGGAGGAUUAUGGUGCUUUUGUUCAUCUACUAUUUCCUGAUGGUCUUUAUCAUUUGACUGGACUAGUACACGUCUCGGAGGUUUCAUGGGAUCUAGUUCAGGAUGUAAGAGACAUUUUGUCGGAGGGCGAUGCAGUAAGAGUUAAGAUCAUUAAUAUUGAUCGAGAAAAGUCAAGAAUCACAUUAUCAAUUAAACAGUUGGAGGAAGACCCACUUUUAGAAACAUUGGACAAAGUGAUACCACAGGAUGGCUCUGACGGUCCUGAUUCUUUGAACCCUAACAAUAGCAGUAAUAUAGAGCCUCUUCCAGGCCUUGAAGCCAUUUUUAAAGAGCUACUACAGGAAGAUGGAAUAGAUGAUGUAGGAAUCACUCGCCAAGGAUUUGAGAAAAGGGUGGUUUCACAGGACCUGCAGCUUUGGCUUUCUAAUUCACCAGCCAUUAAUCAGAAGUUUACUCUCCUUGCUCGGGCAGGAAGGCAGGUGCAGGAAAUACAACUGACGACAACACUUGAUCAGGAAGGUAUAAAACAAGCACUCCAGCGAGUAUUGGAGCGUGUCCCGUAGACGAAUUAAAACAAGCACUUCACAGUAUUCAUUCACAGUUACAUUUGUUUUUGUUGUGACUUUGGGUCAACUGAUAUUCCUGUAUAGAAGUCAUUGAGGCAUUGCCCUAUAAGCUGUAUAAAAAAUGAAUUCUUAUUCAAAAGUUAAUAGGUCACUUGGGUAUCUUGUUAACAUGAA